AGUUUUGUAAUUAGACUAUGUUUAAUACUCCUAAUUAGUGUCAAACAUCCGAUGUGACAUGUGCUAAAAUUUAGCACAUGCCUCCCAAACACCCCAUAAGACAUGAGGUUGAGGUAUCUUGUAAUAAUAAUAUAUUGAUCGUUUCUCGAUUGUUGGGGAGGCAAUUUUGGUAGUGCUGUAACUGUUGCGACUUGCAAAGUGUUGAAGCUUUAAUAGAUGAUGACCUCUGUAGCAUUAUAUAGCUCUCCUUUUAUACCACGGCUACGGAUUACUUCAUAUCAGGCAUGUCUCUCAAAGUUGCCCAACCCUAGCUGACGCUGGCACAUCCAGAUCCAGCCAGGGAAUCUCAUUGUUUUGGGAAUCGCCAGAUCCUAUUUAUUGGGAUUGGGUUGUAUGCACGUCAGGAUUUGGAAAGAUACGGCCGGUUAACAGGGGCGGCGACGAUCUCACAAGAAGCUCGGAUGAGGAGCAGCAGAUUGGUUAUCAUCUCACAAGCUCCAACAAGAUGCAAAAGACCUGCGAGGAAGAGACUGACGGCUGCUUCAGAUUCAAGUGUGCGAUGCAUCCAAUACUGUUGCCACAGGGUUCUUGGAACAAGAUUAUUAACCUAGUAGGCAUAGAGCUUACUGGAGUCUGGCAAACAAUUGCCCGCAAGAGGAAUCAUGACUAAAGAUUCAUUCACUUCUGAAGAUGGCAUAGACCUUUCGUGCUCCAAUUGUGUUGUGUCUAAGGCUGGUGAUGGUGGCCCACUUUUUGAUGGUGAUGGGAAGUUUGUUGGAAUGAACCUUGUUUUGGGUAAUACAAGAGGCCCGUUCAUGCAAGGGAGCAUCGUUAUUGAAAAAUUGGAGCAGUUUGAGAAUACUAUCCAAUUGCUUGCAAGCAGGAUAUCUCGGGUUAGAAGAAUUAGUGCACCUAGGUUUAAACUUCUACAUGGGAAUCAACAUUCUAAACAGGAAGAUUAUCUAGACUCCUUGGGCUACCCGAAGCGAUCAAUAUCUGCGGUUGAUUGUGGCAUGGUUUUGGUUAAUUCUUUUGAAGAGACUUUUGGUGACACAUAUGAUUCUAGUAAAGGUGUCUGGGGUGCACUCUGUGAAACAAUCUCGAAAGAUUUAUCUCAAAGUGUUGUCUCCCUUGCUUCAUACAAUGGAGAAACAAGGUUUUUUGCUUGUUCAGGCAUAAUUACAAAAUGGAAUGGAUGCACCACUAUUCUGACUUCAGCGAGCUUGGUUAGAAAUCGUCGUGAUGAAAGCAAGAUCCAUGAAAACCUCAGGAUUGAUGUGUUGCUUUCAGACAAACAGCACACUGAAGGGACAUUGCAACAUUGCCACUUGCACUAUAAUGUCGCUAUUGUCAGUUUCAAGGCAAACACUUCUGUAGCAGCAGAUAUUUAUAGUCCAAGGUCAUAUAGGUAUUCCGGCGAAGUGGUAGCGUCGGGCGUGUCUUUGAAUCAGGCAUGUUAAUGGCGACAAGAGAGGAUCACUGACUCGACGGCGUUCGGAGAGAAGAUUUGAUUGCAUUAAUUUGGUUUACUCCAGUUGUGAGAUCACUAAGGCUGGGAUUGGAGGACCUCUUGUUAAUUUUGAUGGGAAAUUUGUUGGUACGAACUUCUAUGAUGUGAAAGAAGGAACUCCGUACCUACCACAAUCCAGCAUUCUUGAAGUUCUGGAUUAUUUCGAGAAGAAAAGGAUUGUUGCUGAAGCUGAUGAUGAUGGUUUUAUAAAUAGGUGGCCUGUGCCCAAGCCAUUUUGGCGCCAUCUCGAUGAGCAUCAUCAGAAUGAGGACAAAGAAGGGCACAGUUGAUGUACAUGUACCCGGGAGCUCUUUGGCCAAGCUGAUCGACCACCAAUAGAUAUCCCAGUCAAGCCGUCUCCAUUCUCUAGCAAGUGUUUUUUCGUUCCCAGAACAGUAGUGAACCUGUUGUUUGAGAAGCUUGUAAAAAAAGUGAAAAGAGCAAUUGGUCGAACACAUACCUCAAAAUGCGUUGUGUUGCGCUCUCGAUUGGUCUUUGCCCUCCCUACAGAUAUAAUUAUGAUCGAUUUUCUGUGGCUAUUUGUAGGCACUAGGAUUUGUAGGUACGAUGGUAUCCUGAAGACAUCUCCCCUGCUGAUGAAACAACAUUCAGUUGCCGAGUUGCGUGAAGAUGCUUGGGGAAGCUGAACAGCAAGUUGGAGGAAUGAGCCCAAAAGCCAGGUGAUGAUCUUCUGCGAUCAGUGGCGUCAAGAUGCCUGUAUAUAUAGUGCUGGUCCUGAACCAUAGCUAAAGCACAUCAAUCCUGUAAGCAUCCAGGGCGAAAUUUCAGACACACCGACUCCACUAGACUGUAAGAAGAUUCAGUUACUUGAAAACAGAAUUACAUUUUACAGGCAUUGUGUUUCAGAUUCCGAACAGCAAAACUGGUAAACGGGACAAAGCACAAGGUAUCAAUAAAGCCAAGGCAGAGUGGCAGCUAA